AACUGAUGGAUACUUGACACACAGAUAGAACAACUUCCAACGGUAACCAUACAUUUCUUAUAACUCUUUUUUUAACCGCCAAAACCAACAAACUUAACCAUGCUUUCCGCCGGACUUCCACUCGCCGGCGGCAACCACCACCUGUUUCGCCACCGCCAUAACUUCCACAGUUUCAAACCCAUCACACCCACUUCAUUUAUCAUUAGAUCUUCAAGCCUCCAAGAGCUCAAUACUUCAUCAUCAUUGGAGGCAAGUGACGAUGAUGAUGAUGAUGGAAAAUUGAGCUCAGUGGUCAGCGGUUCAGUGUCGUUUCCUGCGAUAAAAGUAGCGAAACGGGUGGUUUUGGUGAGACACGGACAGAGCACGUGGAAUGCGGAAGGCAGGAUACAAGGAAGUUCGGAUUUUUCAAUUCUUACAAAAAAGGGUGAGGCACAAGCUGAGACUUCGAGGCAAAUGCUUAUCGAUGAUUCGUUUGAUAUUUGCUUCUCAAGUCCUUUAAAAAGAUCAAAAAGAACUGCUGAUGUCAUAUGGGAUGCUCGGAAGGAGGAGAUCCUUACUGAUUCCGACUUGAGGGAGAUUGACCUAUACUCAUUUCAAGGACUCCUAAAGAACGAAGGUAUAGCAAAGUAUGGUGAGGCUUUUGGUAAAUGGCAAAAGGAUGCUCCAAAUUUCAAUAUAGAUGGUCAUUAUCCAGUUAGGGAAUUGUGGGAUCGUGCUAGUAGCUGCUGGCAGAAAAUCUUGGUUCAUGACAGUAGGUCGGUUCUUGUGGUUGCUCACAAUGCUGUUAAUCAGGCGCUUGUUGCUACCGCAAUGGGCUUAGGAACUGAGUACUUCAGGAUUUUACUUCAAAGCAACUGUGGUGUAAGUGUGCUAGAUUUUGUCCCACGGCCUGAGGGUGGAUCUCCAUAUAUAUGUCUUAACCGGUUAAAUCAGACUCCAGGUUCGCCUAUUGGUGGCGGAAGCUCUGCAGGCAGGAAGGCCAGUAGGCGGAUCGUACUCGUCUGUCAUGGAUCAUCCCAGGCUAGCAAUUCUGAUGAUACACCCAUGGACAUGCUUGGAACUAUACAGUCACAAAAAACAGCAGAACUGCUACUUGAUUUGAAGGUGAAAUCGAUUGUUAGUAGCCCAAGAAUAGUUCCAACUGAAACGGCUAAUUCAAUUGCUCGUGUUCAAGAAGCUGCUGAUUGUCUUGGCGCUGAUUGUGUGCCACGAUAUGUGGAAACAAAGCAGUUAAAAAACCUCGACUUUCAAGAUAUUCUUAAUCGUUCAAAGAAGGAAUCAAUCAAUGCAUCAAGUCUACAGUUUGGCUGGAUGAAUGAAUUUGAAGAUGGAUUGUUGACAGAAAUAUGGGACCGGUCAGGAACAACCUGGAAAUCGUUACUAGAUGAGUUAUCUAAUGAAUCUCAACCAGAAAACGUCGUGGUAGUAGUUGGUCAUCCUAUUGUUAAUAUUGGACUAUUAGGACAUUGCCUGAAUCUAACAAAGGACUGGCUGGGAUCAUUUCAUCUCGACGCUGGUAGCAUUAGUGUCAUUGAUUUCCCUGAUGGCCCGUUCGGAAGAGGAGUUGUUCGAUGCAUAAACUAUACCGCACAUCUUGGAAGGUGGUCGAUCCCCAUCACUAGACCAACACAAGAUGAAGAUGAAUUCUAAGACUGCGCUUUUAGUUUCUUAUCUGCCCACAUUUUCAUUGUUGUAAUCAAUCAAAUAAUUAUAAUUUCGGGCUCAUAUGUAUAUGUAUGAUACUAAUUAUACAUUAAAAAGAAGAAAGUUAGAGUGGAUGAAAAAGAAAUCUUAUAUUAUAAUACACUUACAAUCAUUGAAAAUGUAUGUUUUGCUUA